CCGCUGUCCCUGACCGAGCAGCGGGAGUGAAGUGGGUCGCGGCUGUGUAGAGGCUCUUUGGACACUGCUGCAGCCUUUGUCCCCUCUCCCAGGCCACCUCAGAUUCUUUGGCUUCUUUGAUGAUCCGUCUCUGAAUCGCUAUGUAGCUCCGUCAGGGAAGGACUCUCCAUCUCUGUCAGCCUUGGUCCUGCUCAUCUGUCUAUUUUGCAAGUCAUAGUUUAAAUUUCACCUCUUCAGUGAAGCUCCCUCCCUGCCCUCUUCAGAGAGGUGCCUUCGCGUGUCCUAACUGCCGUAGCACCGUUUCACCCUCCAGCCCUGGUGGAAUGGUUGAAAACCUCAGCUUUGGAGGAAUGAACAUGGCUUCAGUUUUGCCACCUACUGUGUGCUCUUAGGCACGUGACUUGAUUUCUCAGAGUUACAGUUUCAUCAUUUCUAAAGGUUCAGAGAUGGGCAGUGAGAAGGAGCAGAGUCCCGAAGCUCACCUGCCCGAGGAAGGAGAAGGGGCUAAACCUUGGAGAGUGGAUGGCUCAAAGGAUUCUCAGAUCACACCUCGGGAGGAUCAUGGGCAGGAGAGCCUGUUGGCGGGACUCCACAGAACGCAUCCACCAAAGAUAAGGCACAAAGUCACUGCCCAAGCCGGAGGCCCCGGAGAUCCCAUGCCUUUUUCAAGCCCAGAGACAGAUGAGAAGCCUUUCAUAUGUGCUCAGUGUGGCAAAACCUUCAACAAUACCUCCAACCUGAGAACGCACCAGCGGAUCCACACUGGCGAGAAGCCCUACAAGUGUUCCGAGUGUGGCAAGAGUUUCUCCCGGAGCUCCAACCGCAUCCGGCACGAGCGCAUCCACCUGGAAGAGAAGCACUACCAAUGCGCCAGGUGUCAGGAGAGCUUCCGGCGGCGCUCAGACCUCACCACGCACCAGCAAGAUCACCUGGGCCAGCGGCCCUACCGCUGUGACAUUUGUGGCAAGAGCUUCACUCAGAGCUCCACGCUGGCUGUACAUCACCGGACCCACCUGGAGCCAGCCCCUUACAUCUGCUGUGAGUGUGGGAAGAGCUUUAGCAACAGCUCCAGCUUUGGGGUGCACCACCGUACCCACACCGGUGAGAGGCCUUAUGAGUGCACUGAGUGCGGGCGGACUUUCAGUGAUAUCUCCAACUUUGGUGCACACCAGAGAACGCACAGAGGGGAGAAGCCGUACAGGUGCACCCUGUGUGGGAAACACUUCUCCCGGAGCUCCAACCUCAUCCGACACCAGAAAACACACUUGGGCGAGCAGGAUGAGAAGGAUUUUAGCUAAAGGGGAGGCCUGCUUGGGGAGUGAGGGAGAGCAUAGAGCCCAGCUUGAUGGGUGGAGGAGGCCUUUAGUACCUGCUGUGGCCUCCAAGACUACAAACCCUUCACUUUGCGGAACAGCUCCUUCUUGCCUUCGCAGUCAGGAAAUCCUGAGAAGGGACUGAGUAAAAACCCUGCCUCUUCCCAGCAGUUUUUUUUUUUUUGCCUUGGAAAUUCAGAGUGCUCACUCUUCGUUUCCUCAGCUGUGGGGGAAAUGGGAUGGGCUCAGGACAUGCUCUUGUGACUGGGUCAUCAGUCCCCAGGCUUUGGGGGUAGUGCCUCAGACGGUGUCAUUGUCUACAGGUCCUCCAAAGUUGUCUAGCUUCACACACACACACACACACACACACACACACACACACACACACACACGGCAGUGGCCUGUGAAUUCCUACCUGCUGUGCCUCAUCCUGUGUCAGCCUCUAGAGCCUUAGGCUGGGGGGCAUGGCCCUCCUGGUGACAGGCCUCUUCAGUCUGAGAAGGAAGCCUCAGGGAUCCACAAUCCAGAGACCCUCACCCUCCCAUGCUUGUUACCUGGUUUUCUCACCCCGACUUGAGUCUGUCUCCUCAGUGGUCACCAGUAAAACACUUCAGUGAAAA